AUGCUGCCGCCCCCACCAACGCCCCCACCCCCACCCACCCCCACUGCCCCCACCCCCACUGAUGCCCCCGCCCCCACUGAUGCCCCCGCCGACCCCGCUGCCCCUCCCCCGAGCGCGCAGGCCGCAGCAGAAGAAGAGCGAGGAGGACCAACAGACGAGGUGACACACGGACCAACCAGAGAAGAAGAAGGAGCCUCGUCAGAGCGCCCAGCCCCGCCCACAUCACUGCCACUGACCAAUCAGAGCAGGAAGAAAGUCCUGAGCGCUCCGACCCUCAGCCUGUCCCUCGGUGGCGGGUCCGUGGUCUCUGAGGACUUGUCCGCGGUCUUGUCUCCGUCGGUGGACGAGGUGGAUCUGGACCUCGAGGCCCUGGAGACGCCCUCGGACUCUGAGUCUCUGCACUUCCCCUCAGACUUCGACCUGGACCUGGACCUGGAGGAGGACAUGCGGCGUCUGGGCGUGGCGUCGUCCGGCCCCUCCUCGGUACGUGGCCCCUCCCCCUCGCGGCGUGGCCACUCCCCCUCGCGGCGUCGCUCUCUGGGGCUGGAGCCUGAGGACAUGGUGGACAAUGUGGGCAGAAGGUGGCGCUCGUUCACCUCCAACGGACUCACGACCCUGGUCAACAUGAGCCUGAUCCAGGACUACGUCAGGGUCAUCUCCCACGGAGGUUACUACGGCGACGAGAAUGACAUCAUCGUCUUCUCUUCCUGUUUUUUACCUGAAAACUCCAUCGACUCGUACGAGCAGGUGAUGGACCACCUGUUCAGGUACGUGAUGGGGACUCUGGAGCUGAUGGUCUCGGAGGAUUACGUCGUCAUUUAUCUUUGCGCUGGAGCUCAGAAGAACCAAGUCCCGGCACUGAGCUGGCUCCGAGACUGUUACACCACCAUCGACCGACGGUUGAGGAAGAACUUGAAGGGUUUUCUCGUCGUUCAUCCGACCUGGUUCAUCAAAACUCUCAUCACCAUCGUCAAACCGUUCAUCAGUUCAAAGUUCAGUCGGAAACUUCGCUUCGUCGACAGCCUCCAGCAGCUGACUGAGCUCGUGCCCACGGAGCAGAUCCAGAUCCCCGCCUGCGUCCGAGAGUUCGACCGGGCGUUGCCACGGUGACGGCGCCAUUUUGAUUUUCCGAGUCCAGACGAACAAAGACGUUUCCACGGCGACAAUGUUCAAACAAACCAAAGAAAUUAUUUAUUCAGAUCAAAAUCCUGUGUUUGAAAUAAAGUGUUUUA